AUGCAAAUCUGGUUCUUGCUAUUCACCACAGUCGUAUUUUUGCUAAGUAGCGCGACCACAUACAUUCAAUACAAACGUCACGCAUUUAUUCUAAUAUGUCUCGGCGUGACCGGUCAACUAUUCAGUUUCUCGAUAAUUCUCGCUGCUAUUGCUACAGCCGGUAACGAAUACCGGGAUAUAGAUAAUUUUACAAUCUUACAAAAAGUAUUAUGUGGAAUAAGUGGAUCGAUUCUGUCUUCGCAACAAACAUCAAAUUUCACAGUUUCUUUAGCAUUGUCGAUUGAUUUAUAUAUGACUCUGGUGAAGGGAAAGGAAGCGGGAAAGAGGUUGAAAUGGGUGUUUCGAGUGUUGUGUUUAAUCGUUCCCUAUUUUUUGGUAUUGUUGAAUAUUUUGGUGGUGACGUUGUUGAGCAGAGGAGAAUCGUCAUCGUUUGCUUUUGAUACGAUAGAGAGUGUCGAUGUGUGUCAAGUGAGAACACACGUUGCAAAUAAUCAAUGGACGAUAUUUUUGGUUAGAAUUUUACCAGUAAAUCUGCCUAUUUUUCCGGCAUUUGUGUUAUCCUUCAUGGCGAUUAUUCCAUUCGCUAUAAAAUUAUUUGAAACACGACAUUUGAAACAACCAACACGUUCUUCAUUUACCCCAACAACCGGACAACAAACACUAGCACAAACUCCAAAUAUUAUAACGCCAAGAUUGGAAUACGGAUUUUCUUCUUCCAUCACCUCCAAUGAUACCAACCCAACCAUGCAAAAAAAAUAUGGUAAUUACGGUAGUAAUAAUAACAUUCAACAACAAGGGUACUCUUUAAGCAGCGAUUCAACAGCAGCAAACGAGAAAAUAAUGACUCGUACUAUCGCUGGUCGAAUGUACAUCUGGUGUUUUAUCGUUUCUUGUCUUGAUUUACCGAUGAGUAUUAUGGGAUUUAUCGGGUAUUUUCAAGACGAUGAUAAUAGUGAUUUCAUUACUCGGCUAAAACUCUUAUUGGAAUUAAUCGUGCAUUGUCUCAUUUUUUUGGUGUUUGCUACCGGAAAUUACGCGAAUGAGCAGUAUCGGAGUAUUUGGUCUUUAUUAUGGAGUUUACGCAAAAAAAAAGCUUCAGUGGAUAAACAAAUACACCGAGUUUCAUCUACCGCUUUCGUCGGAAUGAUGAAUGUUAAUGGAACUAACAGCAAUGGAGGUGGAACAAGUAGUAAGAGUCAGAAAUCUGUGAGAUUAUCAUCGGAGCAACCACAUCCAAUAUUUCCUUCAGCUCUUAACUUACCGCCAUCACUGCUACCUGUUCCUCGGACUUUUAGCAAUAGUUUUAAUAAUCAUAGCAAUCAUAACAUUUCAUCGAUAUUAGCGACGAUACAUUCCGAGAAUAAUUUGUCGAAAGAUUCUAAUGAAAACGAUGUCGAAGAUGACAUAAACGAUGAAAUGGAUGACGAUAAAAUAUCAUCAUUACCGUCACCACAGUUUCCACCUAGUGCAUAUUCAGGCAUAAGCAACAUUACUUCUACAUCACGAAUAUCCACAUCACAUGAUCGGCAUUCAUGGUUGACAAAACCGCCUAUACGGUCAAUAUCACCGGAUAAUUUGCAUGCGUAUGACUUUUAA